GAGAGAGAGAGAGAGAGAGAGACACAGGGAAGUGGUACACAGUAGCGUACAGUAUCGCUGUACUUCGGACGUAUGCGCUCUGCCAAUGAAUAACGACACACUUGUUUCUUCCUGGAGAAUGUAGGAGGGUGCGUUCACGCACACGAGGAACUACCCGAACCGAAACCGACGUCUACGUCUGGAACGGGAACAGGUCACCCAAUUAGAAAGAAGCACUCUGACAGGAUGGAACCACAGGAGGGGGAGGAGUCUCCUCUAAACGGAGGUCAGUCAGAUAGCCGUCUAAAGAGCAAGAAGCCGCCCAGCCUUGUCAUAGCCAUCCCUCCACCUGAGGAGAUGAUGGCCCACAAUCCUGCAAAACAGCCACUGCGGUCGUCCCUGAAAAAAAGCGUCAGCGGUCAAGCACCCGUUUCUGUGUCCGAGAGCAUCGGUGGAGCCAGAGAUGGAGCAGGAGAUGGAGGCUUCUCAUUCAGAGACAGGAGGGCAAAGUUUGGAAGACAAGCGUCGCUCUCGCAAAGCAUCCGCAGGAACACAGCGCAGUGGUUCGGGGUGGGGGAGGACUGUGAGACCAAGCAGCAGGUAUGGCACAGGAAGAGCCUGCGCCACUGCAGCCAGCGCUACGGCAAGCUGAAGGCCCAGUACAGAGAGCCAGACACGGCCACCAGCAUGGACCAGGGCCUGGACUCACCAGCAGCACACAGGAUGCCCAAGAUUGUGGAUCCCCUGGCCCGGGGGCGAGCCUUCCGUUGCCCAGAUGAGGUGGACAUGCGCUCCCCCAGGACGCCACACACCACUGACGGGGGGCCCGUCACCCCGGGCGUCACCUCGCUCAGCUCCUUCACCAGCCAACGCUCCGGGUACAGCCGCUUCCCCCGGCGCAAGAGGGAGUCUGUCGCCCGCAUGAGCAUCCGAGCGGCAUCCAACCUGCUGAAGGGUCGCAGCGGCUUGGCAGGGUCCCAGACAGGUCGCAGUUUCCCCAAGAGGAGCUUUGCCAGGCCCAGCUGGAUGGACGAGGACACCGUGGACUCAGCGGACACGUCCAAGUCGCUCUUCUUCAGCAAGGUUGAUGCCCAUGAUGAGAUGUACUCUAUGGCUGAUGACGUUUUUGAAUCGCCUCCCAUGUCUGCAGCUUUCGCUCCCUGCGAGCAGCCGGACCAGAAGUUCCCAAGCCUUAAGGACGUAUCUCGAACGCCACGGACACCAACAGUGGGCCCUGAAAAGAGCAAUCCUCGUCGGGGUGGUCGCAUCGCCUCCCAAGUCAAGCACUUUGCAUUCGACAAACGCAAGCGCCAGUACGGCAUGGGCGUUGUGGGGAAGUGGCUGAACCGGCACUACAGACGCAGCCUCAGCAGCAACAUCCAGAAGAAGCUGGACAACUUCCACAGCCACAGGCCCUACUUUGCCUACUGGAUCACGUUUGUUCAUGUCGUAAUCACUCUGCUGGCCUGUUGCACGUACGGUUUUGCCCCCGUGGGGUUCGCACAACAUUCUAUGUCUGAACUGGUGCUGAAGAACAAAGGUAUUUAUGAGAGUGUCAAGUUCAUCCAACAGGAGAACUUCUGGAUUGGUCCUAGCUCGGAUGACUUAAUCCAUCUGGGGGCCAAGUUCUCACCGUGCAUCCGUAAGGACACACAGAUAGUCAGUCUGAUCCAGAGGGCCAAAGACCUGGAGAGAGGGUCCGGCUGCUGCGUUCAGAAUGACAACUCCGGAUGUGUGCAGACCCACAGCUCCGACUGCUCCGAGACGCUGGCCACCUUUAUUAAAUGGAAGAAUGAGUCCGUGGACAUCAUCAGGUCCUCUGGUUCUGUCUGUCACCAGGAUCCCCGAGUGUGUGAAGAGCCUGCCUCUGCAGAGCCUCAUAUAUGGAAUGAUGACAUCACCCAGUGGCCGGUGUGUACCUUUCCCAAGAAGUGGAACCACACAGGCUACAGACACAUGGACUGUAACAUCAAGGGACGACCUUGCUGCAUAGGAACUAAGGGCAGAUGUGAGAUCACGACCAGAGAGUACUGCUCUUUCAUGCAUGGUUACUUCCACGAGGAGGCCACACUCUGCUCACAGAUCCACUGUCUGGAUGAUGUGUGCGGCUUGCUGCCCUUCCUCAACCCCGAUGUUCCUGAUCAGUUCUACCGUCUCUGGCUCUCUCUCUUCCUCCAUGCUGGGUUGUUGCACUGCUUGGUGUCGGUGGUGUUCCAGAUGACCAUACUGAGAGACCUGGAGAAGCUGGCUGGUUGGGUCCGCAUCUCCAUCAUCUAUGUCCUCAGUGGUAUCACUGGAAACCUGGCGUCCGCCCUGUUCCUGCCCUACAGAGCUGAGGUGGGUCCAGCAGGGUCUCAGUUCGGACUCCUCGCCUGCCUGUUUGUCGAGCUGUUUCAAGGUUGGCAGAUACUGGAGAAGCCGUGGAAGGCCUUCCUCAAGCUGGUGUGCAUCGUCCUCUUCCUCUUCCUGUGCGGCCUCCUGCCGUGGAUCGACAACAUCGCCCACAUCUUCGGCUUCCUCAGCGGCUUGCUGCUCUCCUUCGCCUUCCUGCCCUACAUCACCUUCGGGACCUUCGACAAGUACCGCAAGCGCAUCCUCAUCGCCGUCUCCAUGGUGACCUACAUCGGGCUGUUCUCCUCGCUCAUCGUUUGGUUCUACAUUUACCCGAUUAACUGGCACUGGCUGGAGCAUCUCACCUGCCUGCCCUUCACAAACAAGUUCUGUGAGCGGUACGACAUAGACCAUGACAUUAACGAUGUGGUGCACUGAUCUCUGGGCUACUGAUGAUGUAACUCUGAAACUGAUCCACUAUCUUCUGGCCAAUGGCCGGGUCAGCUGUUUCCAGGUCAACUUCAGCGGCCUUUUAAGAACGAGUCAAACAUGUUUUUUUAUUAUUCGCUCAUCAAAGGAACUGAUCAAAGUCCAUGUGAAGGGAAUUGAAUAACUCUCUAUUUGUCAGCUUUCACCUCCCUGUACUUUUUAGUCCUCAGUCAAGUCUGGCGCUAGCUAGCAUGUUAUUGUGCUAAUGGGCUAGUAAUCGGAGGACACAGAAAGAUACUCAGGACAUCAAAACUCCUGGGAGCUGGGUUGGACAUAAAGAAAAAGAUCUACAGAGCGAGAGACUGUCUGAGUCCUUCAGCUCAGAGUCAGAUGAAUCUAAAGAAGCCAAAUGAAUCACCUCGGGCUUACAGUGACGUUUCCCUUUAUCCCUACGGACGACAAGCAGCUGAGAUGAAGAGGAGGCCUGAUGUGAUGGUGGGUCAUCAGGUCUCUUGUGGCCCAGUGAACUGAGACACAUCAGAUGCCGCCUGCCGUUUAAUUCAUAAUGCCAGUCACACUGGGUUUAACACUACAAACGCUGCCAUUCUGUCCGGCUCCUUCUUUAUGUUUUAACAGUCGUGGGUGUCGAGGCAUGUCGAUAUUGUUUGGAGCAGUGAAAUGUUGUGCUAAAGGUGUUCCAAGUAUUAACUGUGCAGCUGGAAGAGUUCACGUGAAAUGUCAGUGGUCAGCUAAGGUAAGAUUUCUAUCUGAAAACCACUUGUUGCCUUAAACAGACUAUGCCAUUUUUUUCAAAGAUGCCUCAUUUUGCUUUUGCAUACCACUCGUGAUCACCUCGCAGAAUGCUGAUGAACACAUCACGAAAGCAACUACGUGUGCUGCAUAUAUAUGCAUGUUGUUCACCCCAACCACCCUGUUUUUUUAUGCACGUCACUGCUACGAACUCAAAGUCCUCAGUCAAGCUUAAAUUAUGAAGUCUCAUAUUUGGUCAUAUUUGUCCGCUACCACAGUGGUGCCUAAACCGUUUUUUGUAGAUUUACUCAGAAAACAAUCUUGACAAAAUGAUUUUUUUUCCAAGAGCGAUAAUCUAAACCGGCAUUUUUGUUAUAUCAAAGUAUGUUUUGUACUGUAUUUGUUUGUCUCUGUGAACCAAACAGUCAUAGAAUCACAAGAUGUCAUUUACGUUCCACCGGAGCCUUAAUGUGUUUGUGAAAUAUACCGGAAGAGGCGUUCUGUUUACCAUUCACCGUUGACAAAAACAAUGGAGGAACGUCCCCUAGGUAUUCACUGUGUGUCACACAUUUCUGUUUGUCUUGACAUUAGCAGCUGAGUGACCCACAAGUCAUUGCACCUGAGGUGAAAGAUAUCUCCAGUCUUUUGUCUCUGAUCUAGUUUGUUGUUGUCUGUGAUUGUGGCAUGUCUUGACCCCAGCUGAUAGGAAAGCCACCGUGAAGCCUGUUGUGUGGAGGAUUAUGCGAGUUACUAAGUGAGUUAGGAGAUUACGUCAGGUUGUCAGUGGGGCUGACUCACUGAUAAUCUGCUGUUGUUGAGAAAAUGAGCUGUCACACGCAAUCUGUUUUUCAAACAUACUGUAACGUCAGUGUGAGCUCUUUUUAGGAAACCUCUUCACUGUGCCUUCUGACAUGUGAGUGUUUUGAUCUGAACCCACAACAACCCACGUCUUCAGUCAGGACCGUAUGCUGCAGAUUCACUGCUGUGUGUUUGCUUUGGGACCAAAUACUUUCACUUUUUUUCUAUUUAUUGGAAUAAAAAGGGAAUGUUUCAAAUAAAUUUCAGGUCGAGGUA